AUGGCACCUCGUUCGCGCCUGCCUUCGCGCGAUCCCCUCCUCCAAGACGAGAGCGACAGGCUCGUCUACGCGAGCAAGCGCGCCGUGGACAGACAGAACUCCGAGAUCUUCAAGCUGGAUGACCAGUACGAAGAGCUUCUUGAUCAGGCCGAGAAUGCUCGACAUGAGCAAGAGAAGCUCAUCGAAGCCUACCAUGGCGCCGACAGCAAAGUGACCAGACUGGAUGGUCAGAACAAGAGGCUGAGGACGCAGCUCGAGCUCGUGGGGACGGAGAACGACGAGCUGAAAGCUCACAACAGCGAUCUCGUCCGGCGUCUGGCGGAGAGCGAGCGAGAGAACGCUCGUCUCAAGUCUGCUGAGAAAGAGAAGAAGCGCAAGCGCGAGGACUUGCCGUCGUCGUUUGAGGAGGGUCCAGAUGCGGACGAGAGCGCAUCCAAGACAGAAGAGAGUUCUCAGGCCAAGGUCCAUGGGGACUUGGUCCUUGGCAGGCCGAAGCCACAAGAGAUGGCUGCGGCAGUACAGGAGGAGAAGCGGGCUCACAAGAGACCCAGGCGACGACGUCACCGCGAUGACACAACCAGGUCUACUGUCAAGGCUGCUGUCGAGGUGGAGGCGGAUGUGGUGGAGAAGAUGAAUGCGUAG